UUUUGCGAAAAUCCCUCUUGAGGCGCCCAUCAAGGGGAAUCGGUCGACAUCCCGUGGAAUCGCCGCAUUUCACGACAUCCCGUUGAUGCGUGCCAGCGGCGUGCCACUUAGCGCGAACGGCCCAAAUCCGUGCCGAAUUGUUCGAAUUCGUGGCGGCAUCGUGUGCCCUUCGCCCGCCAGCCAGCAGCGUCCGUUUACCAUUUGCACGGCAUUGCACUGGUGGCUGCGUUCCCUCACCGAUGAACAAUUAACACAUUUUCCGGUUGUGAUUAAGUGUAAUCAGCAUGGAUAGUGAAAACAUACAGAUCAUCAGCAAAUUGGAGCCUAUAGAAUGUGAAGAUCCUGAAGACCUUGAUGGGGAGGUAGUCAGGGAAAUUCAUGUGGAAACCAAUACAGAUGGUAACCUACAAAUCAAUGCCUAUGAAGAAGAAGGUGAAAUACCAGACCCAGGUGAGUAUGUGACUGAAGAUGGCACUCAAAAGAUCAUCAUCACUGAGGGUGGACAAGCAUACAUCAGUGAAGAUGGAGACACAGGCACAAUUUAUGUGCAGGAUGCAGGAACCUACAAAACUGAGUAUGAAAUUGUUGAUGAAAGUGUGGAACCUGAAGAGUAUGAAGAUCAUGAGGAGUUUGUGGCUGAAAUCAUGGAGGGAACUGAGGAGAGUCAAGAUGUCUACAGUGGGGACACUGAUGAUCCAGAGUAUGUUGUGGAGGAAGAGAAAAUUGAGGAGAAUAUUUGCACUAUUUGUGAGAGAUCAUUUAAGACUGCAGCUAGUUUAAAGAGGCAUAUUUCAGUCACACAUGACCCUGAGGAUGCUGAUGUUGAUGAUCCACUUGCAUUUGAAGUGUGUGCAUGCUGUGGUGAACCUGCUGAUUCAGCCCAUGCAAAUGGUUCAAUAGCUUGUAAGCUAUGUGACAAACUCUUCAUGCUCCAAACAAAUUUAAUCCGCCACAAUUCAUUAGAACACCCCGAUGAUAUCGGCAUGUUCCGAUGCUGCGAAUGCCUGCGCAGCUUCAGCAGUAAACUAGCGAUUCGUAAUCACAUGCAAUCGCAUCCGCUUGCCAAACCGUUCUCCUGCAAAGCAUGUAAUCGCGAUUUCACUAGGAAGUAUCAUUUAGAUCGUCAUGUAAUGCAGACGGGAUGCGAUGGCACGCCGCGCAACCAGUUUAAAUGUCAAGUAUGCAACAAGAGUUUCGGCCGAAAGGACAAUCUGCGUGACCAUUUGCGCGCGCAUGCCGGGCAGAUCAAAAAGAAGAAGACGUUUCCAUGCUCGCACUGCGGGAAGGAGUUUCAGGGACAGGCGCUUCUCGUAGUGCACAUGCGAACGCACACUGGAGAGAAGCCAUAUGCAUGCGAUCUGUGUCCGAAGAGAUUUCCUUCCAGCGGGGCGUAUAAGAAGCAUCGACGGAUGCAUACCGGAGAGAAGCCUUAUCAAUGCAUGCAGUGUAAACGAAGGUUCGCUGCGAAGGAAACACUGAAUAGACACGUGCGUACACACACCGGUAUCAAACCACACAGCUGUUCCUACUGCGGGAAGUCGUUCAUUCAGGCAGCGCAACUGCGUGCGCACAUUUUCCACCACACCGGUGAAAACGCCUUCACGUGCCCGCACUGCAACCGCGCAUUCAAUCGUCGCGUGCGUCUUACAACACACAUUAAAUUUGUGCAUGAAGGAGCUCUUCCAUUGGAGUGCGAUCAAUGUGAUCGCACAUUCUUCAGGAAAGAAGAUUUAAUCCGGCAUGGACUGCUACACACUGGAGAAAAACCUUUUGAAUGUGAUACAUGCAAAAAACGUUUUGCGGUGAAAGCCUCCCUCAAGCUGCACAUGCUCACGCAUAGAAAAGAACAGCCAUGCGCGUGUGACGAAUGCGGACGCGCUUUUAUUCGCCAAGAUUGCCUCCUGCGGCACAUGCGCGCAAAACAUCGCGAUGUGCUAGAGGAUAUCAUGGCCGCCGCGGAAAAGAAACGCCUACAAGAACAACUCCUCGCACCGUCUAGCAUCAAGAAAGAGAUUCUUGAAUCACAAAUUUGGACGGAGCUGACUCUGACGGAUUCUAUUAAAGAAUUGCUAAGUUUACUCGUCGAUGAGAAGACACUCACUGCUUUCGGUUGGCCUGAUGCACCAGUGGAUAAAAUCCUCGAUGCUGUCAUUCGAAGAUGUGGACAUGAACCAGCUGCCGAUUCAGAAUUCGACUAUAUUAGUCGAAUGCGUGAAAAUGCGAAACUUCUAUUCACUGUAGUCAUUGAUGAUCAAGCUGUAAAGUCAUUAUUGAAUAACCAAACCGUUGAUGAGGUAAUACAACACGUGUUGCGUUUAGCGAAGAGUGACAACGAGGAAGAAGAUGAUGAAGACGACAACGAAGAUGAUAAUGAUAUGGAUGAAGAUGAAGAGGAUGUAGAUGAACACCGAAUGGUUGAUAUGUCCGAAGCGGAUAUGCAAGUUGAAGAGGUUAUUACCGGUGACAUUGACGCGAAGAUUGAGCAUGUUGAGUACGAAACGGUGGAGUAUAUUGACGAUGAAGCUAUGAUCCAAGAGACGAACGCUGCUGUUGAAGCUAUCGAUUAGUUUUGUACAGAAUUAUGUAGGUUUAAGCUGUAAGAUGUAACUUUUACUGAGAUGACUAGUGUUCAUUCCCAAGCGCAGACGAGUUUUUGUCUAUUUUUGCACGGAUGUGUUGUUUUUGGGCUUGGGCUUGGACGUGUUAGGAACAAAAGGAAUUUUAACAACGACGGGUUGAUGUAAGAUAGGGAUUUGUUUGAUCCCAUAAAGAACAUAUUUUGAUUACUUACGAUUCAAGCAGUAAUAAUAAUAAACUUGUUGAUGAAUUA